GUAGCAAAAUGAUCAUUUAAAUGUUAUUUGUCCUAAAUGCGUUUAGACUAACAGUUAGGACACUUACGAUUGCAUUUUCAUCAUGACACCGUGGGAUAUUUGUAGCAAAAUUCGGUGCGGCUUUGAAAAUGCAUUCCGAGCUGACCGCGCCCACCCUCCAUCAAUCAUUGCGUCAAGGCGGGGCUUACUUUGCGUUGUCGUGGGUAUUUUGAUAAUUGGCGGGAGGGAACAUGGUGAAGUCGUUCUUCUCCGAGAAGCUGCCCAAGCACUGGAGCGGCAAACUGCAAAUGUUGGCCCUUCAGAAAAUCCAUCGUCUGGUCUGAGCGCGACACCUCCGGAUCGAAGUGGUGGGACACGGGCAGAAGUUUUAAGAUUGUUUGCACCAUAUUCAAAUUCACGGGGCUGUGUGCCGAAACGUCACAACACCGCUGCACCUUCAGCAAAAAAAUCUAAAAGUGUUUCCUACACCCAUCGUUUUUUUUUUUGCCUGUCCAAGAGAAAGGAAUGUGAGGUGCCAAGUCCAUCAGUGAAAAACAAAUUAGAGAGGGCAGGAAUAGGAGAGAAGAGGAUUACCAUUCCAGACAAAUACUGCACUCCUCAGGAGUUUUCAGACCAUCUCUUUCAGCAUUUCCCUAUGUUGAAAGAUUGUGGCGGUUUCCAGCUCUUGCAAUCCAGAGGAUCAACACGUUCCAAAAAAUUAGAGACAAUACCCUGUCCAGAUGAUGGGUAUUCCCCUGAGUACCUCUUAAGUGAGUCUGUCAAAGUUGGGCAGGCUCUCAUAUAUAUCAGGCCACUCCAGAAAGAUAUAGAUCUGCAGACUCUUGAGAGUGACCAGCCUAUAUCAUCUGGACCACUGACAGAAUGCUUGUACUGCAAUGAGAAGUAUAGCCUAUCAGAAAUACAAGACCAUGUUGAUGUUUGCGAAAAGUUUCAUGAGUCAGGCAAAGUGAUAUCAGAUAGCACUGGCAGUACAAGACAGGAAGAAAUGGCAGCAACCAUGUCAGAGGAUAAUGCUGAAAGGGAGGAAAGGGCCUCAACAUCACUCAAUACUGUUUUCUCAGCCAGUACCAGCCCAUCAGCGGAGCCUGCCACUGAAGAGUGGAAGAUUGAACCGGAUCUUGAAUCAGCUGCCCGGAUGUAUCGAAGACAGAUCUUAAAGAAUGCAGAUGAAAAACCAGACCUAGUUGUUACACUAGAUCUGCACAGCUGUGAAAAGGAUCGUGAACGAGAAAUGUUAGCUUUUUAUAAACGUCCAAAUGUUGAUUGGACAAGUCCGUUAACUGUAAAACUUAAAGGAGAUGCUGCAUUAGGGGAUGGAGUAAAACGGCACUUUUUCACAUUGAUAAUGGAAAAGCUCCACCAUGGAUUUGAACUUGACAUUGGCGAGUUAUAAUUGAAAACA